CGGAGGCGCCGCGCUCUGCCCGGGAGCGCCCACGGGAGGAGCAGCGACCCGCAGCCGGGAGUCCCGGCACGGGCGAUGCUGGCGCCGCCGGCGGCACCUGCGGCUCCUCGUGGCGGCGGCGGUGGCCUCGGCGGCAGGAGCGCGGGCCCCAGCAGCCUCGGCAGCCACAGCCGUUGCGGCCCGGGCCGCCUCCGCCGCGGUCGCCGCCUCUGCUGCGCCUGCCCUCUCCCGGUUCCGCGGCUCCGGGAGGAUGUGGGUCCUCGGCAUCGCGGCAACUUUUUGCGGAUUGUUCUUGCUUCAAGGCUUUGCGCUGCAAAUCCAGUGUUACCAAUGUGAAGAAUUCCAGCUGAACAACGACUGCUCCUCCCCCGAGUUUAUAGUGAAUUGCACGGUGAAUGUUCAAGACAUGUGUCAGAAAGAAGUGAUGGAGCAAAGUGCGGGGAUCAUGUACCGCAAGUCGUGUGCCUCCUCAGCAGCCUGUCUCAUCGCCUCCGCUGGGUACCAAUCCUUCUGCUCCCCUGGGAAACUGAACUCAGUGUGCAUCAGCUGCUGCAACACCCCACUUUGCAAUGGGCCCCGGCCCAAGAAACGGAGCAGUUCUGCCUUGGCCCUGCGGCCGGGGCUCCCCACCACCAUCCUGCUCCUGAAACUCGCCCUCCUCUUGGCUCACUGCUGAAGUUGGAGAUGCUCAUCCCUCCUGCAUUGUCCUUCAGGCCCUCGCUCCCCCUGCUCCCCAAGCUUCUCCUGGGUGUCCUUUUUUUGUGGGUUGGGAGGGAGCGUAUUCUCUUUCUUUCAGUUCCUUUGCAAAUCAAAGAGCUCGGUGUAAAACAGUUUUUGUAAGCUCUGAAUAAAUUCAGUCUGACUUUUCA